UUAAUAUCAUAGUUAAACUUCAAAAAUCAAUGUACUGCAUCCUUUUCCAGAAAACAAAGCCAAAGAUUUCUGCAUCUCGCAGACUCUACUUAAAGACUAAAAUGCUAAAAAAGGCUGUGACCAUGUGGGAAAAUGAAAAGCAGAUCAAAAAAGAUGAGCGAGAGCGAGUCCUGAGUGAGAGAGUCCCAGCACUGCAAAUCACAGGCUUCUCCUUAGAAGAGCUACAGAAUCUUUGCAAAGAGCUACAUCGGAAAAUUGAUGUUGCUGAUGAGGAGAGAUAUGACAUAGCCGCCAAAGUGUCUAUAAAUAAUCAAAAAGUACAGGACUUGUCUCAGAAGAUAUUUGAACUGAAAGGCAAAAUGAAGAGGCCAAACCUGAAGAGAGUGCGAGUUUCUGCUGAUGCCAUGCUCGGAGCACUGUUGGGGGCAAAGGUCAAGGAGUCUGUGGACUUCAAAGCCAAUCUGAAAACUGUAAAGAAGGAAGAGGAGAAAAAGGAGGAAGUGACUGAUUGGCGUAAAAAUGUGGAUGCCAUGUCUGGUAUGGAGGGAAGGAAGAAGCUGUUUGAUGCUGGACAAUGA